AUGUUUUCAGGUAUAGUGAAUAGGGGUCAUAAGGUAAAAGGGACAGUGGUGUUGAUGAGAAAGAAUGUGUUGGAUAUAAAUAGUUUAACUAGUGUUGGUGGAAUUAUUGGUCAAGGUUUUGACAUUCUUGGUUCAACACUUGAUAAUCUCACUGCUUUCUUAGGCCGUUCUGUUUCUCUUCAGUUGAUUAGUGGAACCAAAUCUGAUGCAAAUGGGAAAGGGAAGCUUGGAAAAGCAACUUUUUUGGAAGGUAUAAUCACUUCAUUACCAACUUUGGGAGCUGGACAAUCUGCAUUCAAAAUUCAUUUUGAAUGGGAUGAUGACAUGGGAAUUCCUGGAGCAUUUUACAUAAAAAACUUUAUGCAAACUGAGUUUUUCCUUGUGAGUUUGACUCUUGAAGACAUUCCAAAUCAUGGAAGCAUUUACUUUGUAUGCAACUCUUGGAUAUAUAAUGCUAAACACUACAAAAAUGACAGAAUUUUCUUUGUCAAUCAGACCUAUCUUCCAAGUGAAACACCGGCUCCAUUAGUCCAUUAUAGAGAAGAAGAAUUGAAUAAUUUAAGAGGAGAUGGAACCGGAGAACGCAAAGAGUGGGAUAGGAUCUAUGAUUAUGAUGUCUACAAUGAUUUAGGAAAUCCAGAUCAAGGUGAAAACCAUGCACGUCCGGUUCUUGGAGGAUCCGACACAUAUCCUUACCCUCGUAGGGGCAGAACCGGCAGAAAACCAACAAGAAAAGAUCCUAAGAGUGAGAGUAGGAGUGAUUCUGUGUAUCUUCCAAGAGAUGAAGCUUUUGGUCACUUGAAGUCAUCAGAUUUUCUGACUUAUGGACUGAAAGCGGUAUCUCAAAAUGUGGUUCCGGCAUUAGAGUCUGUGAUCUUUGAUUUAAAUUUCACACCAAAUGAGUUUGAUAGCUUUGAGGAAGUUCAUGGAUUGUACGAGGGCGGAAUUAAGCUGCCAACUGAUGUACUUAGCAAGAUAAGUCCGUUACCUGUGCUCAAAGAAAUCUUUCGAACUGAUGGCGAACAAUUCCUCAAGUAUCCGCCACCUAAAGUAAUUCAAGUGAGUAAGUCUGCAUGGAUGACUGAUGAAGAAUUUGCGAGAGAAAUGCUUGCCGGAGUAAAUCCAAAUGUGAUAUCUCGUCUUGAGGAGUUUCCUCCGCGAAGCAAGCUUGAUAGUAAAGUGUAUGGUGAUCACACCAGUAAAAUAACCAAAGAACAUCUUGAGCCUAAUUUAGAAGGACUCACAGUAGAAGAGGCAAUUCAAAACAAGAAACUAUUCCUGCUAGAUCAUCAUGACUCAAUUAUGCCAUAUCUGAGGCGAAUAAACUCAACUCCCACGAAGGCUUAUGCUACGAGAACCAUCCUUUUCUUGAACAAUAGCAACACUUUAAAGCCACUGGCCAUAGAGUUGAGUUUGCCACACCCCGAAGGAGAUGAACAUGGUUUUGUUAGUCAUGUUUAUCAACCCGCGCUGGAAGGCGUAGACAGUACUAUUUGGUUACUGGCCAAGGCUUAUGUCAUUGUGAAUGAUUCCUGCUAUCAUCAACUUGUCAGCCAUUGGUUAAAUACUCAUGCUGUUGUUGAACCAUUUGUCAUAGCAACUAACAGACAGCUGAGUGAUCUUCACCCCAUUUAUAAACUUUUGUAUCCUCACUAUCGUGACACCAUGAAUAUAAAUUCUCUUGCUCGACUAUCACUGGUCAACGAUGGAGGUAUCAUCGAAAAAACAUUUUUAUGGGGAAGAUAUUCUAUGGAAAUGUCUUCUAAAGUUUACAAGAAUUGGGUUUUUCUAGAGCAAGCAUUGCCUGCUGAUCUUCUCAAAAGAGGAAUGGCAGUUGAGGAUCCAACUUCUCCACAUGGCAUUAAACUUGUUGUAGAGGACUAUCCUUAUGCUGUUGAUGGAUUGGAGAUAUGGGCUGCAAUAAAAACAUGGGUUCAAGACUAUGUCUCCUUGUACUACACCACAGAUGACACACUUCGACAAGAUUCUGAACUCCAAGCUUGGUGGAAAGAACUCGUGGAGGUUGGUCACGGUGAUAAGAAGCACGAGGCAUGGUGGCCUAAGAUGCAAACUCGUGAAGAGCUAAUUCAAGUUUGCUCUAUCGUCAUAUGGAUUGCUUCAGCUCUUCAUGCAGCUGUUAAUUUUGGACAGUAUUCUUAUGGAGGUUUAAUAUUAAACCGUCCAACUCUUAGUCGAAGAUUCAUGCCUGAGAAAGGUUCGCCUGAGUACAAUGAACUAGUCAAAAGUCCACAAAAGGCUUACUUGAAGACAAUUACACCGAAGUUUCAGACACUUAUCGACCUUUCUGUUAUAGAAAUAUUGUCAAGGCAUGCUUCUGAUGAAUUGUACCUUGGGGAGAGGGACAAUCCAAAUUGGACAUCAGAUACAAGGGCAUUGCAGGCCUUUAAGAAGUUUGGAAAUAAGUUGGCAGAAAUUGAGAAGAAGCUCGCUCAAAGAAACAAUGAUGAGAAUCUGAGAAACCGUCAUGGACCGGUUCAAAUGCCUUAUACUUUGCUCUAUCCUUCUAGUGAGGAAGGACUUACUUUUAGAGGAAUUCCUAAUAGUAUCUCUAUCUGAAGAGGUCUAUGGUUCCUUAAGCAUAUAUAUCGUACCUAUGAAUAAAUGAUAUGCAGAAGAAGGAAUUCAUAUUCCUUCACCUACCUGCCUCUUUUAGCUUCUGUA